CCUGUUGGUUGUGACCGUGUGGUUGGAGGGGGUAGAGGGGUUUAGUGGUGCUUUCACCACCCCGCCCAACUUCUUCACCACUAUACCUAGCGUAUUGUCCACUCCAGGGAUCUGUCCCACAGGCACGACAUUUUGCAAUGGAGUUUGUCUUGAGCAGUGUGCUGAACCUCCCAGGGUCCAGAACAAAUGCUCUCAAGAGGAGGUGUUUUGUUUGGCAUCAGGAAGAUGUGUUUCCAAAGUAAAUGGCUGUUUCUCUACAGCCGGACCAACGACUGAAUCAGUUUCAUCACGCUGUAGCGAAGACCAAAUCUUCUGUCUCCAGGUAAAUGAAUGUGUGCCUCGACAGAGCAUUAACUGCAAGAAUGACAUAGACUCUGGCAAUGAGGAAUCGACCUUGCAGGGCAAAUGUGGGGAAGAUGAGACUUUCUGCCUUGCCUCUGGAAGGUGUGUGCCUAAAAAUGGCUGCGAAAGUGAAAAAGAAGUGGAGGAAAUCAAGACGAAGUGUGACAGUGAUGAAUAUUUCUGUCUGCAGCAAGGCAGAUGUGUCAAGAUUUCAGGAGACUGCGAGAGUGAAACAACCAGUCCAGCGACAAAGACUUUAAACUGCGGGGAGGAUGAGUAUUUCUGCCUGCAGAGAAAUGGCUGUGUACCCAAAUCAGGGUCGUGUGGGGGUUCUGAUGAUACCACGGACGGCCAAUGUGACCUGGGGCAGGUGUACUGUGGGACCACCCAGAGUUGUAUCCCCUUUGGCGAGGCCUGUGGGGAGGGGAUGGGAGGGGGAGCCACCAGUCAUACAUGUAUGGAGGACCAGUAUUUCUGUCUACAGUCUGGAAGAUGCAUGCCCAAACAUGGGGGAUGUGAUGGAUACACAGACUCAACAUCAACCCCUGCCCCGUCCACAGAGUGGAGGUCCUGUGGAGAUGGUCAGGUGUUCUGCCUUCAAUCUGGGAGAUGUGUGGACAAGGAGAACAAUUUACUGUGUAGCACACCCACCCCACACAUGUGUGAUUCAGUGCAGGAGUACUAUUGCCCAACCAGAGGAGAAUGUUUGAAGUACACAGAAUCCUGUGAGGGGCCCCCAUCCACAGAGUCCCCCACCAUGGACUCUAAAUGCCCCGCCCACCAGGUUUUCUGCCUUGCGUCUGGUCGUUGUGUGGAGAAGACUUGUUCAGGAGAUGGAGACUCUGGUACUGGUACCCCUAUGUCAACUAGUUCUCCCUCCUCGGCUGGUGAUCGUCUCCUGUUGGUGGAUAGAGCGGUCACGGUGGACAACAAUGUACAGUUCCGCUUGGUCGAUUACAUGCAACAUGUUGUACAGGAGGAGACAAAGCGAUUGGAGCAUAUGACAGUUCAUCUGAACUGUGAUGGAAAAUCAGGGGUGGAGUUUUAUGCAGGGAGAACUGCUGUUCUGGAAGAUACAAGGGUGGGCAUGUUUGAACAAAUAACUGCUAUUACUGAUGGAUCAGAAAAAACUGUGGCCAUCUGCAAAAUUCUCUCGUUGCCUACAACCAUCUCCAUGGGCUACCAAUAUCAUAUAGGGGUAGUUGCGAUUCCUGAACUUUUGACCCCAAACGUAACUAUGGCAAUGACCUCUGUGUCAGUUAAUGAAGGCAUAACACACUGGACAAUGGACCAAUGGGACAAGGUGUUUCUUGUCAACAUCACAGAUGAAGCCCCACAGAUUCCUGAUGAAAUUGAAAUUUUAUCCGAAAGAGGCAUCCAGAAAAUCUAUGAAAAAGGUCUUGAAUUCAUGGAGGGUGGAGUUAUCUACCCUUUACACAUUUCUCUGAAGGGGACGCCCUUAGAUUCCUCAGGCUUGCCGAUGGUUUCCAUAGUAACUGUGUCAGGAGAUGGAUCUCGGUGGAGGAGAGCUCCAUCCUGGGGGGUAGAGUUGGAUGACCUUGGCAAAAGGUCAAGGUCACUCCAUGUCAAACUUCAUCCUGCUUUUAGUGGAGACAUCCAUUUUGAUAUGAGACUGAACUCUGGUGAUCAAUUUGUUUUUACUUUGAAGGUCAUUGAUGUAAACAAUGCCCCUUAUCUGCUCUCACCUGAGAAAACAAUGGACAUAUUGACCUCGAUCUUGGUGCAGCCUUACACAGGUGACAGGGAGUUCACUGCGGGGGAGAUCAGUGAUCUCGUUUUCGCUGAUGAGGAUGGCGACCAUGUAGGGCUCGCGCUUUUAGGGACGGUCUCCAAUGAACUGGGUUCUUGGCAUUAUGAUAAUGGAGCAGGCUGGAAACAAGUCUCUGUCAUUGGACAUUUGACAAUUAGUCAGUCACAGCAAAAUAUCAGCGCUGUUCUACUGUCAAAAACUGACAAACUCAAGUUUGCAUCAAGCGUAGGAUAUCUUUGGACAACUAGGGAGGCCCUAAAAAAGACUAAACUUUACACUCUAGCCUGGGACGGCAGCGAUAUGACCUCCAAUGAAAGGUCACUAGGUCAUGUCAGAGUUCAUAGGUGUUCUGCCGGGAUGAAGAUUUGUGGGAGUGGGAGCCACAGUGCAUUCUCUGAAGAGAUCAUCACUCUGUUCAUUAACAAGGCGGGCUGUGACGGACGGCCGGGUUCACAGCUGGGGGAGGACCUGUGUGGGGUGUGUGGGGGGUACAAUGACUGCGAGGACUGUAGCGGAAAGCUCAACGGAGGUGCUGUGGUUGACUCGUGUGGCGACUGUACUGAGGGGGACACAGGUCUGACCAGGGACCACCGCCUAGACUGCAGGGGACAGUGUGGCCUUAACUACUUUGACAACACCUUCAAGAUGUGCUUACCGAACAAUGUGGACAAAGUGAGGCUAAUGACCUUGUUUCAGGAAUGUGAUGGGCGGGUCAACAGCGACGCCUACACAAACAUGUGUGGAUACUGUGUGCUGGGCAACACCUCAUUGGCAGAAAACCACGGGGAGGAUCAGUGCGGGGUGUGUGAAGGGGAGAAUGAGUGUGUGGAUUGUGCUGGGGUUCCCCACGGGGAGUCGGUGCUAGACUUCUGUGACAAGUGUGUGCUUAGGAAUAGCAAGGAGUAUAACAAAGAAUGUUAUGUUGGGAUGGGCCACAUUAACCAGACUCGACUGGGAGCCAAUGGGCAGAAGGCGCUGGAAAUGACGGUCUACACAAUGGCCCAGGAGGAAGGCGAAAACCGCCCCUCGGCCCUCAAGAUAAACGGGUGUGGUCUGUACAAAGGAUCAUACUUUGACAGGGAGAUAGACAUGACUGUUGUAUCGUAUGACAACAAUACAGGUCUGAUCAUAGCUCGCACCCGAGAGUUGACUGCCGCAGACGUUGGACUCUAUAGAGUAGGAUGUUUUACCACCGACGAGGGAAUCAGUACCAUCAAUUCACCAAAAACCACUCGUAUUGUUUUAUUUGGAGCAGCCGACGUCAGAGCAGUCAUUCCACAACAAAUCAACGUACAGGAAGAAACCAAGGUGACAGUGAGGGCAAUAAGGUUCUACAAGACCGACUACCUCAUGUGCGCCAUCAGAUGUCCGUACAAAGAGCGGGGCAUCGGCUGCUUCUCCACCGACCACCAACCAUCCAGCUUUAUGAUGUUUCCAGCCAAACUCGUGGAUGACACGACCUGCGAAUGCGACCUCAAACACAUGUCAAAGGUCAACAGACCUAUGCCCUAUGACCUGACUGUACUGUUUGAGCCCCUUUCUUCAACUUCAAUACCUGGCUUGCAGUAUGUCAAGCUUUACGUGCGAGCCCCUGCCCCAAGACUCGAGUCUGCCUGGUUCAACAAGAUGUAUUGUUCACUAACCCUCAUGUUUGAUGCCUCGGUUGAAGGCCCUGAAAACUGCAGACAGUUGUUUGAUGAAGCGAGUUAUCAGAAACUUGGACACAAUGCUGAAUGUCACUUCAUGGGAAACAGACUGAUGGUUUUUCUGAAGAAGGGCGAGUUUUCUCUGAGGCCGGGCGAACAAGUCACUAUCUCUAACACAAGCAUCCAUAAGUUGUUCUCUGAAGAAAGGGAGCCAUCAUUUGCAUCUGGAAGUGUUGUGGUGUCAAGUCCUAGAGAUAAGAUGCAGAUCAGUGUAGAGCUAGUGGGAGGAGGGAUGAUUGGCAGCUGUGACCCCUUUGACCUCUAUCUCAGGAAGUCAGGCAGCCUGGGAUGUGUGGAUAUAGUGUUUAAUUGGACUGUAGCAUCAAACCAUAGCUCCCCCUCUGCAUCCAUUUUAUCAGAUGUGGCGAGUAUACAGACUAGGCUGGAUGACCUACCGACCUCACAGUGGAAGAUUGGUGGACCGGGAUCAGAAAUUGUACCAGGAUCAACAUACAUAUUCACAACCAUGAUUACAAAUAUGAUGGACCUAUCUUCUACAUCCGUAAAUACUCAUGUGACCAGGUCACAUGAUCUCAAACCAAUCAGUGUGCAGUUAAAGCUGAUGUCAAGGAAACACCCUGAUCCCCAGAGACCGCUGAAAAUGGUUGCCGUGAUAACACCAUCAGCUUGUAGUGGAAUUGACAUGCAGGAGACAAGUUUCCUGUACAAGUGGACCAGUAGCAGUGCUGAUGUAGUGAUAUCCUCGGUGAUGGAGCUUCCAUUCGCUGUCAUUAGGCGGGGCUCCCUAAGGGGAGGUUCUACUUAUACAAUUACUGUCACAGUGUUCAAGCUGAAUGACGAGUCGGUGUCAGAUGAAGUGUCCAUGACCUUCACUACUCUGAGUCAGCCUUUGGAGGUCAAGGUCCCCAAAUACAUCCAGUCCCUCCCCACCGCGACAGUGAUUCUUGAUGCCUCCAGAUCUUCAGACCCUGACAAUUCUCCUGAAAACCCCAAGUUCUUCUGGGCUUGUGCUAAGGAGUCAGUACCAGGUGUGCCCUACUACAUAAAGAAAGACGGGUCAGAGGUCAUGUUGGAGGCCCUGGUACGACCCAGUGACCUGGUGACCCCUAUCCUGACCAUUCCUCCAGACAUGCUCUCAGUUGGCAGAUUUGUCUGGAAUGUGACAAUGAUGAAAGGAAAGAGAUCGAGUUCGUCCUCUGUCGUCAUGGAGAUCGUGGACAAUCGAGCACCAUUGGUCGUCAUGGAAACAACAGACCUCACCAUAAACUCAGGGGAGCCACUCAGACUCAGUAGUAUCAUUUCUACCUACAACAAAAAGCCGGUCAAAGUCUUCUGGGAUUGUGCUCAAGUAGAAGGAUAUGACUAUGUGCCAUUAGACAACUUCACCUCCCUCCCUCAGCGAUUGGUAGAGGAGAGUGAUGAGCCCCUCAGUAACUAUGUCUUCUCCCUGUAUCUCGACCAGGGACUGCCUGCUGGGGGAAGGUUUCUUCUACAGGUCACUGCCAUUGCUGGAGAGAGCAUGCUCAGUAGAACAGAGCAGGUCACGGUCACUGUGAACUCUCCUCCAAUGAUAGGAGAGGUCAAGAUAACCCCACUGAAUGGGUCAGCUCUGACAACCAAGUUUACUGUCCAGAUGGGGGAGGGGUGGAUAGACCCUGAGGGGGACAGGGUGGUGUUUUACGUCCACACAGAAAAAGUGGAUGAGGGAAAAGUCCGCAGAAUGAGUCCGCGGCCCCUGACUGACAUUGUCUCCUACGACAUGAUGCUGGAAACAGGAGAGUUUAAGGUCCACAUCGAGGCCUGUGACUUGCAGCAGGCCUGUGUAGUUCACACUGCUCCCGACAUAAUUCUUGUCAGUGAGAAACAGAUGACAGAGGCGGAGCUUAAUACAGCUGUCAGUGAUGUCGCGAUGCUACUCAAAACGGAUAUGGAUCAAGCGGUAGGAAUGGCAAUGUCCUUGACCUCAUUAAUGGAGGAGCCAGGCAAUAGUUCCCAGGCGUUGGGAGGAGUGAUGAAUGAUGUCGCCUACAGCCUUUUGUCUUCAUCCUCUGCUCAAUUUGCCCCAGAGGAGGCAGUGACUGUGAUAGACACUGCUAACACUAUACUGCGACCCAUGGCUGAGGGAGGCAUGCUGACCCCGAGGGUCAGAGAGGAAGGUCUCACCAAGGCCAAUCAGCUGGCAGCUACCACCCGGCCUCAGUCCCAGCAAGGUGGACAAAGAAAGAGAAGAGCAGUUGAUCCCAAUACACUGACCACUGUGACAGUUGUACAGCCAAUGUCCAAAUCUACGGCAGAGACCAUCUUAACUAGUUACUCAUUGUUACACAUGGGUAAGACAGAGGACCAGAUUACCACCACCCAGGCUACAGACUUCCUGACCGCACUGGACAGUAUCAAGAUUGGACUCUGUGCUGGCAUAACUUAUGCAGAGGAUGCAAUGGUAGUCGACAGUGCUAUGACCACACUGAGAAUUCAAAAGAAGAGGACGGAUGACUUGGCAGGGGAGUUAGUACCGGUCACAUGCCUCAACUGUACCGCCAACCAGACUGCUCUUGUUCUGUACGGAGAAGAAGUCGCCGACAGGUAUCACCACUGGAACUGUUCCACGGAACUACAGUGUUACGGAGCAUGUUUCACUUCGUCGCAGAUGUCUGUCGACAUGGUGACGGCCACGUCGCCACACCGAUUCUCCUUCGACAUGGUCAGGAGGAGUGACCUGAUCGCCUUGCAGCUGGUCAACCCGUCGACGUACGACCUGAUGACACCCGACACACUCACAACACCUGUAACCAUACAGGUGCCCAUCAGGGGGGAAUACAAUGACAGUGCUCACAGUCUACAGUGCAACAUUUGGACAGGGACAAACUGGACCAUUGAUGGAUGUGCGAGUUCCAUCCCAGAAUUCCUCCCCGGUGGACUUCAUAUGAACUGUUCCUGUAAUAAGUUGGGAAUUUUUGGUGUGUUUGAAGGCCCUGUAACUAUAGAAACAACAACAGCAAUGGCAGAUACAACAACAAGAGGAGAGACAACAGUGACAACAGAAAUGACAACAAUGCCAGCAACAACCAACAACAAUGCGUGGGAUUUCUCUACCUUUACGGUAGCGAGAGUAAUAAAUGAGGAAGUGACAGCAUUAGUAUCGAACGCUGUCAUAAUGUCUACCACAACAAGCAUGAGCACAGUUGACGAUACCACAACACCGAUUAAUUCAGUUCACGUGCCGGCCUAUGCCGGGAAGGUGUACAUUCUGUUCGCUCUCCACGACAACUUUGCCAGCAUCGUGGCCGGCCAGGAGAACAGUUUCCGUCUACACAUCAUGCAGAUCCUGACCUCUUACCUCAAAAUCCCCGCCUCUAGAAUAACGAACCUGCGCGUGGAGGAAGUGAAAAACGAUGACGACGACGCUGGAAGCAUAACCAUCAAGUUUGAGGUGUUCUCCAGAGCUCUGGACUCGGAGCCCACCAUGGGAGAGAUCAUCUUCCAGCUGAGGGAAGCCAUCACCACGGGGUCACUGGUGGUGACCUCCACCACUGGACAACGAUUGGUUGUUGAUACCAACUCAUUUGCAUGGUCAACAUCUGAACUUCAAACCGAAAUUGGCAACGGAGCUAACUACACCAUGUUCAUUGUGUCGGGGGCGGUAGGUGCCUUCGUCCUGAUCAUCAUCAUGACAGGAAUAUUUAUCUAUCUGAUCAAAACCAAGGCCAACAAGGCUCAGCAGGUCACUCAGUCCCCCACCCCUUAUGGACCCAACAUGCAAGGAGUGGAUGUUCCCAGACCUAUGGUUGGGAAAAACAAUGUCUCUGGAAAUUGGAUGGAAAAUGAAACGACAGAAAUUUCCAGCAGUGUUUCAGAUGCAGAUGCAUACAAGAGUUAUUCAGCAAAGGCUGUGUCCAGACUUCCCCCAAUACAAUGAAAGAGAGGAUAUUGUUUCACGGAUGAUGAGAUGUGUCUAAUGUCUAUAGAUAUAUUCAACAGUCUUAUCCAAACUUGUAGGGAUGGAUUUUUUUUAUAGUGAAUAGAAUUUUUUUUUCGAAAAGAGUUGUUUUUACGAAUUGAUCUGUUUUAAGUUUGUUUAAAAAAAAUUAUGACUUUUUCAAAAAAACUGUUGAAUUUCAAAAACAUUUUUGAAAUUAAGUUUUAAAUCAGUACAUGUUAACGAUUAAUACAGAUAAUGAUUUAAUUUUAUUUGUAUAAUUUGUUAUCAUAAAUAAAUAAGUAAUGU